AUGUCUGAAAUUCCUACCUCGACCGUCACGACCGACAUCAUGCCAUCAACUGAUACGUAUGGAAUCGGUGAUAGAUGCUUGGAGAAGCCACUCAGUCCGUGCAAUUCCCCGUUAAAUGUAUCGGAUAUAUCCGCCGCCUCAUCAUUAACCUCAUGCGAAUCGUUCAGAACCAUAUGUAGGGCAUGGAAGAACCGCUUAGAAAGUGAGUCGAUGUCGAAAUUAGACAGGAAUAUAAAUGACUUGGAAGCGAAGGUAGAAAAUUAUACAUCAAAGCUAGAUGUGAGCAUGCACGUCAGUGAAGAAGAAUUAACGGAAAUAGCCCGAAGUCUAUCGAUGUGCGUCGUAAUGGAGAGCCGGUCUCUGCAACUCACGGACAGCAGCGAGGAAGAAAACAUGCCAGGCGGGGCAAGCAACUGUCAGCGACGCUUCCUUGAGCCCCAGGAGAUUCGUGAAGCGUUUGAUACCUUUCGGCAGUUCGAUGUAAAUGGAGACAAUUUUAUUGAGCUGUCCGAGCUCAAGAUGGCUCUGGAGAAGCUAUCUGUGCCACAGACUCAUUUAUCAGCAAAACAACUAAUGGCGGAAAUCGCUGGGCCGCACUCGCCAAAGUUGAGUUUCUGUCAGUUUCUAUUUACCUACGCAGCGAUACUGCAGGAGAGUACUUCAAAUGCCAUUGAACUGAAUCAAUCUCUGGUGGAAAGCGUUACUCCACUAGAAUCCGACAAUGUUUCCAAGGAGGCUGUUAGCAAUGUGAAACGUUUCUUUGAGGCAAGGGUGGCACAGCAAUCAUCAGAGCCAAAUCCAAAUUCAGCCAAUAAAGAAGACAGUUCCAAGAACACAGUCCUGGAUAUAUAG